AUGGCAGCAGUUUCUCUGAGCUCCAGAGCUGCGGUGCUGCUUCUGUUGGUCACGGUGCUCGUGGCCCGGACCGCGGUGGUUCAGGCACAGUUGCAGGCCUGCGCCAACGAGCUGACCGCGCUGAACGUGUGCGCGCCGUUUGUGGUGCCCGGUGCACCCAACACGGUGCCGAGUGCCGAGUGCUGCGGCGCCCUCCAAGGGGUGGAACGUGACUGCAUUUGCAACACUCUCAGGAUUGCUUCCCGCCUUCCUUCUGCCUGCAACCUGCAGCCUGUCUCCUGUGGUUAG